AUGAAAACUGAUGCGGUUUGGAACCAAAAGAAAACUGAGGCCUGGUCUGAGAUUACUUGUUUGUACAAUAUGCAACAAAAAUCAGGCAUCAGAAUUGAUGUACAGUUAAAACAUUUGUACGAUGGACUGAAAAGAGAUGCUAGGAAAGAAAAAAGUCACGAUAAGGUACAAAGGUAUAUAACAGGCGGAGGUACACACAUUCCAAGUAUUUCAAAAUCUACGGAAAAAAUUGUUGGUUUACUGGGAGAACAAUUGGAUCCACUGAUUAAUGCAAUAGAUUGUGAUGGUGACUACAAUACAGGUAGUUAA